AUAUUUUCCUUCUUUUCUGUCACUACAUUGAGUACUAAAAUCCAAAAUGGCGAUGGAAAAAUUAUAUACUAUCCGUGAUACCCACACACGAUCCAUCACCGCAAUCGGAUACAAUCCAGGUCGGAGAGAGAUCCUGAUAGGAUGUGAAGAUGGUGUGAUAAAGACAUAUGAGGCAGAAGGAGGAAAGCUUGUUAUGGUCAUCACAGAGCACAAAGGCUGGGUCACAGACUUCCUGUAUUGGCCGGAUUGUAAGCUGAUGCUGUCUGCUGCUAAUGAUGGUUACAUAUUAGCCUGGUCGUCUGGAGGUAGUGUGUCUGACCGGAUACCUAUUGGCAUGCCUGUGUAUUGUAUGGCCAUCAAUCCUCGUAGACAUCAGCUUGUUUGUGGAGUAAAUGGUGGCAUACGUGUGUAUGCACUUGAUGAAAACCGAGACUCAGGACAUGUUAUAAAUAAUGAUGUGUUAUUCGUAGCAUGUGAACACAAAGACAUUGUCCGAUGUAUUAUUUGUAAUGAGUCACGCAUUUAUUCGGCUGGGUAUGAUCACCGCUUAGUUAUCUAUGAUUCGUCCUACACAGGAGAUAACAGUCUGGAGCCCAUAUUCCAGAACCCAACAGCACAUGAUGCAGGAAUUUCAUGUUUAUUACUUGCAAAAGAUAAUGAAAAUAAUACAUGGAUACUAACAGGGUCAUUUGACAAGAGUGUGAAGAUCUGGUCAGUUGAUGGUAAACCAGUACACAAGCUGGACAAUUUCCUAUCCACAGUAUCUGGUAUCUGUUAUGUCCCUCGUAACAAGACAGUUUGGGUAGCAGGCGGAACCUCUUAUGCUAGUCUUUUCGAUCCCAAGUCUGGGGACAAUGUUUCAGAUUUUAUUGGAACAUUUCAACAACAGGAAGAAGAAAAAUAUCAUUUACAGAUCCUUAAAUAUUUUGGUGAAUUAAAUGAAGUUGUUGCUUCAACUAGUCGGCGCCACCUGGUGGUGUGGAAAUAUAACUCAUCAGGUUGUAUUACAGCUCUUAAAUGUCGCAGCUCUCUAGAAAGUCUAUGUUACACUAAGAAGGUGCCUAUUCUACUAUUCAGUGGGGACAAUGAAGGCGUAAUCAUUAAAUGGGAACGUAUGCAAUCAAAUCACUUCAUGUAUAGUAAGGAGAUGUAUCAGCUGAGUGAUUCUAAACUAAAGAAGCAGCGUAAAGCUGGGAGUAAGGCACGUGAGCUGAUGAUGGAACAACAGCUGAGUCAGACCCCAACCUCACGGCCAGAGACGGCCCGACCUGAGACCAGUCGCAGCAGUAACAGGAGUGUACAAAGUCACUAUGCCUUCAACAAACCCAGCAUCCCACCCGUAUCCACACACAACCAUGCCAACACUACCAUCCUCAAGAUCCUGUUUGUAGAAAGCCUGGACUUCAUCAUUGCCGCCUCCGAGGACAGUAAUAUUUAUGUAUGGGGAUUUGAUGAUGAUGCUGUAAAGGCCCUCCAACACAUGAAGCCUCAGGACCUCCAGAAGCUCAUUAGCAAAUACAGUAUCCUCCUUGACUCUGACUCCGACCUACUGCCACAGAAUGCUAAACCAGGGGACAGUGACUCUGUCACAAAUCGUGUAGCUGGCUUUGUGUGUAAGCAUGUGUUUGCUGGCCACACUAGCUGUGUAACAAGUCUAGUGGUGAUAGGGAGGGACAAGGGAGUUAACUCAACAUAUGUGCUAAGUGCUGGCUGGGACAGAAGGAUUUGUCUGUGGGACCUUGAGGCUGGAGAUUUACUGGAUACAUUCAGAAACACAGGCACCACUAACUUGGAGAACAUAGAACUGGCCUGUGAUGGGGUGAUCAUGGACAUGGACUACUCAGACAAAUACAAUGAGUUUGCCUAUGCAUCCAGUGACAAGAUGGUUUACAUAAGAAAGUUUCAUACUAAUGGUGCCAAGAUGACCCUCGUCAACACUCUGCAGGGCCAUGAAGGGGAGAUCACAUGUGUACGAUGGAAUCCUCAUGGCAAAGGAUCAUGGGUAACAGGGUCAGAAGAUAGUACAAUCAGGAUUUGGGCAGGACAUGGUUUAAACGAGUGUGAGACAGUGUUAUCAGCCCAGGGUGGAGUGUGUUGUCUCUGUAUAGAUAUGCAGAAUGGCGCAAUUGUUGUGGGUGCACAGAAAUACAUCAGAGUAUAUGACCCAGAAAACUACCGUCUAGUUCAGACGAAUGAGGGCCACACAGACGCAAUCAGAAGUAUCAUACAUAUCCCUGAACGUAAUCAGUAUGUGUCAUGUUCCUGGGAUAAGACUAUUCGGGUUUGGAAUGGAUGGAAGAUGCCAAAACGAAAACGUCAACCCAAGGAUGGUAAAAAUGGAAAGGGAGAGAACCGCAAAACUUCCACUUCAGGUGUAAAAAAGGUAGGAUUUGUGGACCAGGAGGAGACAGAUGGGGAGAAAGGAGAGCAGGAAAACAAGACAAAGGAGACAGAAGAUAACACAGACAAUGAAGUGUUUACUGACACAGACGGGGAGUGUGUGUCACCAGGCGAGGAAACAGAGUAA